GUCACCAUCAUGGGGAUCAUCCGGCACGCCGAGAAGGCGCCGACGAACAUUCUCUACAAGGUGGACGACAUGACGGCAGCCCCGAUGGACGUCAGGCAGUGGGUCGAUACGGACGAGGCAGGUGGCGAGAAUGUUGUGGUACCUCCAGGAACUUACGUAAAAGUAGCUGGUCACCUCCGUUCUUUCCAGAAUAAGAAAAGCUUGGUGGCCUUUAAGAUCAUGCCUCUGGAAAAUAUGAAUGAGUUCACCACACACAUACUAGAGAUUGUCAACGCGCACAUGAUCCUCAGAAAAAAUCUUAUGUCAGCGUCAAGAGUGCCUCAGUCGUUCUCCUCCGCUGGGAUCGGCGACAUGGGGGGCUACGGAGGGGGAGGCAGCCUGCCCGUGAACGGACUCACAGCGCAUCAGAGUCAGGUGCUGAACUUGAUUAAAAACUGCCCUGUCCCAGAAGGGAUGAGUCUGCAAGAGCUGAAGCUUCAGCUCCACAAUAUGAGCAUGUCAACAAUCAAGCAAGCAGUUGAAUUCCUCAGCAGUGAGGGACACAUCUACUCCACUGUGGAUGAUGAUCACUAUAAGUCGACGGAUGCUGAGUGAAGUUACUGCCAGCUGGAUUUAGUUCUAAGCAAAUGCUUGUCCGUGUAUCAAGUUCUCCUGCCGAGCUUUGCGCCGUGGAAGGGGAUCCCUGCCCUCUCUAGCCUGUGAAAGUCCCAGUUACUCUGCGAGUGCCU